GUGUGUGGUUGUGUGUGUGUGUGGUGCAGACACAGCCAAUCUCUUCCUCAUGACGCCACCGAGGCUGGGCUCAGAGGGCUCCGAUCAUAAUAUUUAACACACCCACCCCCGGAUGAGCACUCGGAGCUGGGAGACGAGGCAGCGUCGAGCGGACGGACGACAGACAGACAGGAUCCGUGCACCUGCCAGCCGGUCCCCGGGCUGAGUCCAGCGAGGCUCGCAGACGAGCAUCUUCGCCACGGAUCACCUGUUAUUGCCGAGAUUUUAUCAUUAUGAUUAUUGUAGGCUAACGAGGCUCUCUUGGUACUUUUCCUCCACCUGACGGUUUGUUUCCGCGCCGGCAGCAGCAGCAGCACGAGGAAGCGGGUCGGAGGAAGACCCGUCUGCCCCCCGCCACCUCCACCGCGACGACCCGUGCGGGGCUCCGUCCUCCCCCCGGACUCCGUCUCCUGUUCAGCAAACGCGAUGACCGAGGAGCACUUUGUCCUCAGCCGCCGCCGGCGAAGUGUCCGGCGCUCGCGAUGAGCCGGCUCGUCCACCUGUCGGGAAUCAGCCGGGACUAUUGUGGAAGAGACUGACUGCGCGCAUCAUGGAGUUCUCCACAUAGGCUCGACACGCAUUGUGUGUGUGCGCGUGUGUGUGUGUGUGUAUGUGUGUGCGUGUGUGUGUGCAAUGAUCAUAAAUCAUCAGAAUCACGUCGCUGCUUUGUCAUCGAGUAGCAGUGUUGGACAUCACUGUCGGCGCCGCGUGGUGCGCUGCGCUUAACCGCUGAGGGAGUGUAGAGAGACGUACCCAGGCAACGAUGAUCCUGUUCCGCAAAUUCAGAGUGUUGAUACUCAUGGUGUUUCUGGUGGCGUGCACCAUGCACAUCAUGAUAGACCUGUUACCCAAACUGGAGAAGCGCGCGGCGGGAGCGGACAGCGGGGACGGCGGCUGCCGGUGCGCGCGGCACCCGGGCGCGGAGGCGCAGGGCUGGGGGAAGCAGCGCGCCAGGUCGCCGGCCGAGGCGGGCUGGCCUAACAAGCACACGCUGAGGAUCCUGCAGGAUUUCAGCCCCAACCUCACAUCGUCGCGUUCCCUGGAGAAGAUCACGGCGGCCGCGGACGCUGCGGACGCCUUCGGGCGGACGAGUCCGUCGGCGGGCAAGGCGGAGGACCACAAGCCGCUCAUCGGGGACGCGGGCGGGGGGCGGACUGCCCAUGCCCACGGUGUCUCCGGACUGUCUACUCUGUUCGAGCAUCCCUUGUACAAGGUUGACCUUCCUCCCCUGACGGACGAUGACACUUUGUUUAAUGUCAACACUGACAUCAGGUUUUAUCCGAGAGCAACAGGGAGCCAAGGAUGGCACAAUGAGGAGGGGAACCAAGAGGAGGAAGAGUUCUCUCCAACAGGAGAGGUGACGGCAGAGUCGUACCCCAACUGGUUACGUUUCCACAUUGGGAUCAACCGAUACGAGCUGUACGGCAGACACAGUCCAGCGCUGGACGCCCUGCUGAAGGACCUGGUCACACACAGGAUCACUAGUGUGGCCAUGAAAUCGGGAGGCACCCAGCUGAAGCUGAUCAUGACUUUCCAGAAUUACGGACAAGCACUUUUCAAGCCCAUGAAGCAGACACGCGAGCAGGAAACCCCUCCCGACUUCUUCUACUUCUCCGACUUCGAGAGGCACAACGCUGAGAUUGCCGCUUUUCACUUGGACAGGAUCCUCGAUUUCCGAAGAGUGCCCCCGGUGGCAGGACGACUUGUCAACAUGACAAGAGAGAUCCGAGAUGUGACACGCGAUAAGAAGCUGUGGCGGACCUUCUUCAUCUCACCAGCCAAUAACGUCUGCUUCUACGGCGAAUGCUCUUACUACUGCUCCACUGAGCACGCUCUGUGCGGCAAACCGGACCAGAUUGAGGGCUCACUGGCGGCCUUCCUGCCUGACCUGAACCUGGCCAAACGCAAGACCUGGAGGAACCCCUGGAGACGCUCCUACCACAAGCGCAAGAAAGCAGAGUGGGAGGUGGACCCAGAUUACUGUGACGAGGUGAAGCAGACGCCGCCAUAUGACCGCGGCACUCGACUGCUGGACAUCAUGGACAUGACCAUCUUUGACUUCCUAAUGGGCAAUAUGGAUCGUCAUCAUUAUGAAACUUUUGAGAAGUUUGGGAACGACACUUUCAUCAUUCACCUUGACAACGGAAGAGGGUUUGGAAAACACUCCCACGACGAGUUGUCCAUCCUCGUGCCUCUCAGCCAGUGCUGCAGAGUGAGGAAGUCCACGUACCUGCGUCUCCAGCUGCUGGCCAAAGAGGAGUACCAGCUGAGCGCGCUGAUGGAGGAGUCCCUUCUGCGCGACCGGCUGUCCCCCGUCCUCAUCCAGCCUCAUCUCCGGGCCAUGGACCGCCGGCUCCGGCUGGUGCUGCAGGUGCUUGCAGGCUGCGUAGAGAAAGAAGGCCACGUUAAUGUCGUGGAGGGGAAUUUGGCCGGGGACACGGUCACCCACAGGAGCCGGGGUCACAGGUAGUGAGGACGUUGCUCUAGGGUGACCGGGACCGCCGGUGACACAACGGACCACGCUCUGUGGCUGUCUAAACCAAUGGGAUCGGACCAAAAAUCCCACCUCUGAUAUCAAGCUGAAUUCAGUGAAUUCCAAGACUUGCCACCAUUGCCUCUAUGGAAACUGCUCUGAAGUGUGUUUAUAGAAGAAACCGUCCACAGACACAAUGGAAGACUGUGCUCCCGCGGAGGCUUUGUAUUUGUUACAUACAGAUGUAUUUUUCUUCCAUCAGAUGUUGUGCAAGACAGACGAGAACCACUGCUGUGUUCUUGUUUUUGUCCCGUUUGUUUUGAAUAUGGGGGUAUCGGCUUGUUUUACAUGUUAGUGCAUAACCAAAUGAGAACUCACACUGACUGGGCCUCUUAUGGCCAGACAAUGAAAAGGUUUAGAAGGCAUGUGGAAGUUUUCAAGAUAAUGUUUGUUUUGUAAAACAUGUUAGUUUUCAUCGACCGGAGAAGUGAAGUGGGGCCAAGCACAAAGAACGUGCUACAAUGAGUAAAAAAAAGAGUUUAUUCUAUUCUUGCGUCUUGGAACAGACUUGGAAAAAGACUGAUUUCAAAUGUUAUUACAUUCCUCUGAGCGGCAUAAAUCUGAGUUCAAGUGGACUUCUCACUGGAGUUCAAGCAGUACCUUCACUUUGCCUUAUUCCAAUUUUGAAUUCAUUUAUUUUCUUUCCCAUUUCCUCGGCAGGUUUAGCUUGCGCGACAUGCAGAAACACUAUAUAUGUACAGAACCGGGCCCGCACUGAUGUGCUGGUCGGCAUUUUUUAAAUGGUAUGUCAGUUCCUUCAAUUGCACUACCAUUCUCACCUGCAGACCUGAGACAUCUAGUACCGACUGAUUUUACAAAUUGUGCAAUGCAAUGUUAGAGUUUGUAUGUUGAUUUGUUUCAUGAGAUUUCAUGUCCAAAUGACUAUUUAUUGGUGCACUACACAGAGUGAAAGUGAUUUAAUGAAUUCUUGAUAUGGUUUGCUUCAUGUUGCUUUAUGGGGAAAUAUAGAGGAGCUAUAUAGUAUUUGGAGACUAUUAAAAUUGGGUACGAUUUUUACUUUCUGAUAAUAAUUUUGAAAAAAGCUGUUUGAUUUUGGACACUAAGUUGUUGCCAGUGCAAUUUUGUGUUUCCUCCAAGGGUCCUGCGUAUUGGCUAACCCAGUACCUGUGCCGUGACAGAAACGGAGUUCUUGAAUGUUUGUGGGUUGGCAGUAUGGACGGCAUUCACAGAGCGACAAACAGUGCGACGCCUGGGAGCUGGACUCAAAGUCUGCUUGGUGGUGAUGAAGGGGUUAAUUAAAAUGCCUCUUCCCCUCCGCAGCGACGACCUCGGGACCUGUUUUCGUAUCCUCAGUGUAAAUACCUAUGAAUACUUCGACGACCUAACAACCUGCACCGCACAGUGAUCUGCUUCUGUUUUCUGCUGUUGCAUUGUUACUGUGAAGAUCUGUUUACUAAAUGAUUAAAGUGUGCAAUAAAAACACAA